AUGCCGGAGCUUUGCCAGUUCAUUAAUGCCAUCCUCAAAGAACACCUUCCCAGCAAUUUCCGUUGGACAUCAUUUGCCCUGAACCACGGGACCAAGAUGCCGGUGCACCGAGACGUGCACAACGAUCCAAGGAAGGCCAAAGAGAGUCAGCGAACGGGAAUCCAGGGUCAGGUUCUUUCUGGAGUGGAGGUUAAUGUUCAGGGACAAGCUGCUGUGUUUUCCCCGAAGGAAGCCUACGCCCUGGAUGUGUCCAAACAAGCCAGCAGAGAUAGGAAGAAGGAAGAUGAGGCCCUGAAGCAACGAGGUGCUGAUCCCCGAACGCUGGAGUUAGCGGAAAGCUUCACCUGCCCUGUUUGCAGUGAAAAGAAACGUCCCCCUCCUAGGAAUUUAGCUGCCCUGGAGCCCUUACCUCCGAAGCUGUACACUGUGGAAGCUGACAUAGGGAACUGGGUCCAUCCCCAUACGGGGGAAAGUGUCAACUUCAUGAUCAUCAUUGACUCGGGUUCCAGAUUCAGGGCUGCUCGCAUUUUGAGUCAAGGGUCAAAGAAAACACCCAACGCCCAAGAUUGCCUGCAUUACUUGCAGGAAGGAUGGGUCCAAUACUUCGGCCACCCUCGCAGCUUACGCCUCGAUCCAGCAGGUGCGUUCCGUAGCUCAGCAGUAGAAGAAUGGUGCGACAAACAUUCUAUCUACCUCGACAUAGUUCCGGGCGAAGCGCAUUGGAAGAUAGGAGCAAUGGAGAAUGCUGUGAAAGGGGCCAAGGAACUGAUGACAAGACUGUGCCAGUACGAUCACGACGUCACUCCCCAACAGGCCUUAGCAGAGGCUAUAACCACUUUCAAUCACAAAGAGUUGGUGAGAGGAUACUCCCCAGCACAACAUGUGCUGGGACAAGCGCCUGAUGAGACGGGGCGCUUCGUGGCACAUGGGCAUAGCGUCCAUCCCAAUUUGUUGAUUGAGAAUCCCACUGAUGAGUUUGAACGGGGAGUCAAACUCCGAGCCGAAGCCGAGAAAGCCUUGAGUGACUGGACAGCACGCCAGAGGUUGCUGCGAGCCAAACAUUCCCGACACCGUCCUUGCUACGACUACAUCCCCGGUGAGUUGGUCUAUUAUUGGAGGACUCAGGACUCCAACAAAGGACGCCGCCAACCAGGAGGCAAGCAUGGACGAUUUCUGGGCCCAGCUCGGGUCUUGGCGACAGAGACUCGCCAUUCAGAGGAUGGCCAUGUCAAGCCCGGGGGCGCUAUAUGGUUAGUGAAGGGAAGAAGCCUGCUGAAGUGUGCGCCAGAACAACUUUGUAGGGCCAGCUUGAGUGACCCCGCUCAGCAGCGUAUGUCCUGGACCUACCACACCGUCGCCAAUGAGAUAGGAGGCAACAGGUAUGAGGACAUUUCAGACGAGCAACCUACAGUGGAGGAGUGGAAUCGAGCACAGGACCAAGAGGAAGAGGUGCCGCCAGUGCGGUACCGACUACGCACAAAACGUGGAGCAGCAAGGCCUACAGAGGACGAGGAAAUGGAGGAGGAACCCGCCAGGACCGACAUGGGGGACCAGACGCCAAGACGCGAAAGGUCCAGAUCCCGAGGCCGCGCCAGCCAGGCAGGACCCAGCAGUCCCGAUCGUCCCACAGCCUGGUGGAAUGACGUUCAAGCACAUCAUUGGCCAGAGCAACAGGCCAGCUACUGGGAGGAGAAAGGAGCAGCCGUGGAGAUCGCCAUCGCGUUUCCAGAGACCCAGAGGGGCAGCGCCAAGGCCUUCAGAGAUCUAGGAGCCUACAUGGUUGGAAGCAUGAAGCGCCGGGCAGUGGAACUCUCGGAGCGUCGCAUGACGCCCGAAGAAAGGGAAGCCUUUGCUGGAGCGAAAGCCAUUGAGGUCAAAAAUUUUGUUGCCUCCAAGGCGUUCGAGGUGCUGCCGGACCAUCUGAAACCGGACAAGAGCCAAGCUAUUAAUAUGAGGUGGAUUCUCACCUGGAAGGUGAGAGAAGACGGGUCCAGAAAGCCAAAAGCACGUGCAGUGCUUUUAGGCUACCAAGAUGGGGCCUACGAGCACCGCUCGACCACCUCCCCGGUAAUGACCAGGCAGACCCGUCAGCUCCUACUCCAAGUUGCCGCAUGGAAACGCUGGCAGGUCCAAAAGGGGGAUGUGACUGGAGCUUUCUUACAAAGCCGACAAUAUCCGGACCAGCUGUAUUGCAUUCCUUGCCCUGAAAUCUGCAAGGCACUCAACAUCCCAGAAGGGAGCGUGACCAAAGUCCAGAAGGCAUGCUACGGUUUAGUGGAUGCACCACUUGAAUGGUACAGGUCGGUGGACCAAUUCCUUAAGGAGUUGGGAUUCACGAGGCUAUGGUCCGAUGCUUGUUGCUGGGUGCUACGGGAAAAAGGGGUUCUUAGGGGGGUUGUCAGUGGCCAUGUUGAUGACUUUCUCUUUGGAGGUAGGCAGGGUGAUGAACUUUGGGAAAGCAAGCUCCAAGCCAUCAAAGCCAAGUUCAAGUGGGGAGACUGGGAAGCCGGGAAGUUCACACAGUGUGGAGUCAUAGUUGAACAAACCCCCCAGGGCUUUGAACUUUCCCAACCAAGCUACCUUGAGAACCUCCACGAAAUCAACGUUUGUGCUAGCCGAAAGAAACUCCGAGGCGAUCCCACUACUGAGCGGGAGAAAUCCCAAUUGCGUGCUCUGCUAGGAGGAAUCAGUUGGCAUGCUCAACAAGUCGCUCCCUAUCUGGCAGCUGAAGUGAGCCUACUCUUAACCGAGGUAUCCCGCAGCACGGUGGAGACCAUCGUGAAAGCAAACUGUCUCCUCCACAUGGCGAAGCAGAAGCAGUCCUACAAGAUGAAGAUCCAUGCCUUCAAGGAGGCGGAUGAGCUUACCAUGGUGAUGUGGGUGGAUGCCGCCAAUGCCAACCGGAUAGAUGGAGGUUCUACCCAAGGGCUCUUCCUGGGGAUCACCACCAAGGACAUGCUUCAGGGUGCAGUCUGCCACGUCACCCCGGUGGCGUGGCACUCACAGAAGAUAGAGCGGACUUGCCGCUCACCCGGUGCAGCAGAAGCUCAAGCUGCAGUGAAUGGAGAGGACUGCUUGUACUAUGGGCGCUACGAGUGGAGCGAGCUUCUCCAUGGAAGUGGGGACCUACACGAUCCAGACCAGCUGGUUCGCAUGACCGGAGGCUGCGUCGUGACCGACAGCCGCAACGUCUAUGACCGACUGGACACAGAGGUCAUGGUGGUCAAGGGCGCAGAAAAGAGGACAAGCAUCGAGCUGCUAGCCAUCAAGGAGUCCCAGGCCAAUACCUCCGUAGAGAUGAGAUGGGUUCACAGUGAAGCCCAAUUGGCCAACAGCUUGACAAAAGCCGCAGGACUACGUGAGUACGAGCUCUUCUACAAGAUGGGGCAUCAAUGGCGUCUGGUCGAAGACACAACAAUGAUGUCUGCCAAGCGCAGAAAGGAACUCGGUAUCCUACCACUGGAACAACAGAAGGACCGUUCCAAAGUUUCCAAAGGGGUUAGUGAAGAAGUUUUUCCACAGAGUGAUUCAUUUCCGAUGUGCCAGCCAGAAGUGCCCACAUCCGAGGGGCUAGUUUAA